GGCUUUGCGAUGGCGCGCAGGCGCGUUGGGCAGGAGUCGCCGCCUCGCUUCCGAGGAGCGGUUGAUUGACAGCUGGUCCCCGGGCGCUGCAGAGGCCCCAGAGGUUGGCGGCAGCGAGUGGACGAGUCUGGCGGCAGUGGGUCCCACCCGACGGGCAAUGGCGACGAUCGUCCGGGCCGCGAGGCGCCCCGUCGAGACCGCCCUGCGGGCCAAGCUGGAGAGCAGCCUGGCGCCUGCCCACCUGGAGGUGGUCAACGAGAGCCACCAGCACGCCGUGCCCGCCGGCUCGGAGACCCACUUCAAGGUGGUGGUGGUCAGCGAGCACUUCGAGGGGCUCUCCCUCAUCCAACGGCACCGGCUGGUCCACGAGGCCGUGAGGGAGGAGAUGGCCGCCCAGGUGCACGCCCUCUCCAUCCACGCCAGGACCCCCCGGCAGUGGGCGGACGACCCGACCGUCGACAGGAGCCCCCCCUGCCUGGGAGGAUCCAAGCACGACCGUCACGGAGCAGGGAAACCCUCCCCCGCCAACUGACCAAUAAACAAUGAACUCUC